AUGCCCUCUAGCUCGACUCCAACCAAGAAGAGAAACGUCAAGGUGCAAGCUGACAGCCUGGUUGACACUGCCUCCCGUGCUAGUGGUAGUCUUGUAUCUGCUUUCAAGGCGGCAGGCAAGCGCUCCAAGUCUUCUGAAGAUGAAGGCAGUGAUGACGCUCUCAAAACGUCUCCCACAAAAAAGGCCCGCUUCUCAAUCAAGUACAAGUCUGCGUCAACCCAGACCACAGACCUGUCGGAAGUGAAAGUUGAACGCCUGGUGUUGCCUAAGCCUCUCGACAUGCAGAAGCUCAAGGACAAGGCCUCAAAAUCGGUACCGCACGAGCUUUGGGGUGUUCAGCAGUCAAUCGACAGGAGCACCACGAUCGCCAACAUUCGCCAUGGGCUGCCUGACUUUGAGAAUGACGGCAAGACGUACAUGGUGAACUACAUUCACCCACUGCACGUGAGCCCCACUAGUAGGCUUCUGACCUCGAAGCACUACCCCACGGUGCAUCCAACAGGCGUUGCCGGCACUAGGCGCAAAGCAGACGCAAACUAG